UUCUUAGUGUUGACAUAACCCAGUCCAAUAACGUUGCUUCCGUAACUUCCCACUUCGCUCCCGGUCGAAGAUCCGACGACGCUGUUCAUCUGCGAUUCGAUAUUUUCAAAUCAAAUUCGAUCGAUUCGAAGAACACUGUGAAUCGAAUUCAUGCACUAACAACAAAAUCGAUUGUUCAUCUGUAACGAAGAUCCAUUGUUCUUACUUCAUAACGGCAUAUUGAAUUUAAGUUUAGAGGUGAAAUCUGAAAUUGAGGAUUUGAUAUUUUGAUCGAAGUGUUUCUGGAUAGUAGAAUUGUGUGUAGGUUUUAGAAAUGGAAAGUGUAAUGAACAGGAUACGGAAUUUGGAUGCGUAUCCUAAAAUCAAUGACGAUUUCUCCAGUAGAACCAUCUCCGGUGGUGUUAUCACUAUUGUAUCUUCCGUUUUCAUGUUUCUGCUGUUCUUCGCUGAGCUCAGAUUAUAUAUUCAAUCGGUAACUGAAACAAAGCUGGUAGUAGAUACAUCAAGAGGAGAACGUCUACGAAUUCAUUUUGAUAUCGUUUUUCCCGCACUUCCAUGUACAAUACUCAGUGUUGAUGCUAUGGACAUCAGUGGAGAGGAACAUCUUGACAUUAAACAUGACAUUUUUAAAAAGAGACUUGAUGCGAAUGGUAAUGGCAUAGAAUCAAGACAAGAUGGUAUCGGAGCUCCCAAGAUUGAGAAGCCUUUGCAAAAACAUGGUGGUAGGCUUGAACACAAUGAGACAUAUUGUGGUUCUUGUUUUGGUGCAGAAUCGUCAGAUGAGGAAUGCUGCAACUCCUGUGAGGAUGUUCGUGAAGCAUAUAGGAAGAAAGGAUGGGCACUGUCAGAUCCAGACUUAAUCGAUCAGUGCAAAAGGGAAGGGUUUUUACAAAGGAUCAAAGAUGAAGACGGUGAAGGAUGUAAUAUAUAUGGAUUCUUGGAUGUUAACAAAGUGGCUGGAAAUUUCCAUUUUGCCCCUGGAAAGAGCUUUCAACAAGCAAAUGUGCAUGUCCAUGAUCUGGUGACUUUUCAUAAAGACAGUUUUAAUAUAAGUCACAAGAUUAAUAGGUUGGCUUUUGGUGACCAUAUUCCUGGUGUGGUGAAUCCCCUUGAUGGUGUGCAUUGGACACAAAAAGCACCAAGUGGGAUGUAUGAGUAUUUUCUCAAGGUUGUACCAAGUGUUUACACCGAUGUUAAGGGACACAACAUUCAAUCAAAUCAGUUUUCUGUAACCGAACAUUUUAAAGGUGCUGAAGUGGGAUAUCUUAAGACACUUCCUGGAGUUUUUUUCUUUUAUGAACUUUCACCUAUCAAGGUUACUUUCACAGAGGAGCAUGUUUCAUUUCUGCACUUCUUGACUAAUGUUUGUGCUAUUAUUGGAGGUGUUUUUACCGUAUCCGGGAUACUAGAUUCAUUCAUUUAUCAUGGUCAAAGAGCUAUCAGGAAAAAGAUAGAGAUUGGAAAGCUAAACUGAUGAGUAUAAAUGUUAUCAAGAAACAAAUUUGCUAAUUUCUUUUAAAAAUAGAGAUUGGAAAGCUAAAUGUUAUCAGGAAACAAAUUUGCUAAUUUAUUGUGAAAAUCAUAUUCUUACCCAAAUUAGGAUUAUUAUGGUUCGUAA